AUGCCCCCACCACUGAGACACAUGCCCCCAGGGCCACCACCAAGGAGUGGUGCCCCUGGACCGCCGACCGGUCCUACAUCGGGACCGCUGGCUGGCUAUGUUCUGCGACCCCCAGUUGGUCCCGCUCCUGCCCCUGUAAAGUCACGUGCGCAGCAGGCCUAUGAGCACAUUGACAAUGACGAGUCGGAGUCGGAGCCGUCCACAGAUGGUGAUAACGAGCCCAACAACGUCGAGGUCCAGCGGCUCAACAAACAGCGCCAGAGGAACCGCGGCCCAAUGAACCUGCCCAGGCAAGGAGCAUCGAGGAGCAACGACAAAGGGAAGACAGUGCCGCGGCCAUCAGACACCGAUAACGAUGUCUCGCUGGCCCCGCACAACUGGCCCGAUUUGUUCCCUCUCCCGGUCAACACACAACCGUGGAAGGCGACCGAGUGA